CACGGUCCGCAACGAUACCGCAAACACCAUCACGCCCUCUCCCCACCUUGCGCUUAGCGAUCUCUGCCUGCUUAUCAUACUAAGCAAGUGAAUCAUUCUAGACACCGUAUUCGAAGCCUUCGCGCUUUGUCGCCUCGAGGCAGAGUCAAGGUGGAGGCCGUACGUCACAAGUCUGGCUUCAGCCAGAUACGUCGAGGAAACCUCACCAACAAACAACUCAAACGUCAGAUUCGCCAUUAUGACCUCCCAAGCUGGCACCAAUCAGUUUGAUCAAGCUGCAGCUACGAGGUUCUUGGCUUCUAGAUGGGACACUUUACAGAAUGCGAUAAGUGAUCCCAGCUUGAUUCAGGCGGACCGACCAGAGGUGCUCAAGGACAAGCCUCCCGUCUCCAAUCGAGGCAGCACAGCCAAUCCCAAGCAAGACAGCAACAACUUUUUGAAUCAAGUCUGGAAAGCUGCAGGAUAUCAAAAGGGACCUAACUAGGGCACCAGGCGCUACUCGGUAGCGCAGCUCGAUCAAUGUCACACACCUAGCGUGAGGGGCAUGCAGGCCCAGCGCACGUACGAGCUCAAUCCGACUCGCGAGCGGGAUCACGGCCUGCUCUGGCGCUCUGAACAUCACAGAGCCACGAGUGCUGAUCCAUACCAAGUCUAGCCGUAUUGCAGGCUCCGUCUGAGGUUGCGUCUGCACGACAAACAGGUCGCUUGAGUAUAAACGAGAUUGUAUUCUUGGUUGCAUUCCCACUUGGCAGCGUCGAAAGUGCAUUGAAAUAGAGUAGCCAGAAGAGGCGGAUGUGUCGAGUCGGCUCAAGGGAGCGCGUACAUGUUGAUUACGUUGACAUUACACACCGACGCUUUGUGCGCCCCUCUCAAUUCCAGUCAUCAUCAUCAUCAUCAUCAUCGUCCUUCCUAGCUCCAAUAUCAC